AUGCGGAAGGAGCGGGGCUGGAGUUUCCCCGGCGUCCUGGCGCUGGAGCGCAGAUGUCUGAGCGGUGUCGGCCCGGGCAGGCCGGCGUUUCGUAAAUACGCUACAUACGGCCAAGGGAUUGAAUUAGCCUGCCAAAAAGAAAGAGAGUUCGUGAAGCACUCUGUAGAAUGCACGUGGAACCUAGCAGAAGCCCAGCAAAAACUUGGUAGCUUAGCACUGCAUAAUUCAGAAUCCUGCGAUCAGGAAUAUGCUCAAGCAAAGACUGAAGCUGCGGAGUUGAGAUGGAGAGAGGAAGAAUGGAGAAGAAAAGAAGAAGCACUAAACCAGAGGGAAAGACAGAAUCUAUGGAACGCAGAUCCCGUUAGUAAGGAGGUAUUUAAUAAGAGUUUUAUUAAUCAAAAAAGAAAAGAAAUAGAAGAUGAAGAUGUGUCUGAACCACUUAUGCAAAAACAUGAACAAAAGAUUAGACACUUUGGUAUGCUGAGCAGAUGGGAUGAUAGUCAAAGAUUUUUGUCUGAUCACCCAUAUCUUGUAUGUGAAGAAACAUCUAGAUAUCUCAUGUUGUGGUGUUUUCAUCUAGAAGCUGAACAGAAAAGAGCUCUGAUGGAGCAAGUAGCACACCAAGCAGUUGUAAUGCAGUUUAUUAUAGAAAUUGCCAGAAGCUGCAAUGUGGAUCCAAGAGGCUGUUUUCGUCUCUUUUUCCAAAAAGCCAAAACAGGAGAAGGCUAUUUUGAGGCUUUUAAAAAUGAACUAGAGGCAUUCAAGACGAGAGUGAGAAUCUGGUCACAAUCACAUGGCUUUCAAACAAUGUUACUACAUGAUCUCAGUGUCAAUCCUGGUCUUGCACGAGAGCUGACAUCUUAUUCACAGAACACAGGUGAUCUUCAAGGUUCCAUAAACACAGAUGUCUGCAGUUUAAACUCUGUGACACAAAGAGAUGAAGAAGAAUCCAAAAUGAUGGACACAGUAUAG